AUGCGGCCCAAGGCAUCGCAGAAUUCAGGGCUCAAGGGGGACGACGGCCUCUAUGAGGACGCUGAGUUUCCUGGAAAUCCACCUGUUCCAUCGUUAAAGCCUCCUGGGAGUGAAGGGGAACCCCCAGGCAUUUUAAAGGGGCUGCUCUGGAGGCGGCCUGACGAAAUCGUAUUUUCCAUGCAGCAUCAACAAGCCAAGUCUCAUCAGACAUCUCGAUUGCAGCAGCAACAACGAAAUUCUGCACAGGAGCAGCUGUUUUCGCAGCCCCAUGCAGAGAGGCGGGCAAUUUUGUUCAACAGCAGCAGACCUGCUUCCACUGUCGUUCAAGGGCUGCUGCCAUCGCACGCAUUUGCUGCUGCUGCUAGCGGCCUAGCCAUUUCACACCCUCUAGCUAUCAGAGAGGCUUUGAUACACCCACAGCAUUGGCGAGCGCGUGGCUUGUUCUGCGUAGCCUUCUUCCGGUCAGGGGAAAGAGAAGUGGUGUGCAUAGACACCCGAUUGCCCUGCCGCCGCUCGCAACAGCUCAAAGAGCACAACAGACAGUCUCGUCGGUCAACCAAGGGAAGCAGCUCUGAGGCACGAAAGUCGCGGAGCAGUAACGGAAAAGGCACAUUAUUGAGAGCAGCGCCUUUGAAGGAAUGCCCUCCUAAUUGCGCCACUUCGGCAGCGCUGCAGAUUCAAGAGGGCAACUCUCAGCUCUGCUCGAGCAAACGUAUAUCUUCAGUAAGCCCAAAUAGCGAAAAUGGCUACCGAUGCACUCUGGACAGUACAGAGGCACAAGCGGACGCCACGGACUCGCUCAUAGAAUUCGCAUUCACUCACUGCCACGCUUUCGAGGAAGUAUGGCUACCUCUCCUGGAAAAGGCUUAUGCCAAGUUCCUCGGUUCUUAUGAGGCUGUAGCACAAAGGGCCUUCUGCACUGGGGGAUGUUUUAUAAGCAGCAUUGCCAGGGGCACAGCCACAGAAAAAGAAAUACUCUCCAACAGGCAAUAUACCGUUGUCGAUGUCGUACGGGUUGAAGAACUGCGGCUAGUGCGGCUACACAACCCCUGGAAGGUCCCCACUUGGCGAGGAGAAUUUUCUGAUUAUCAUCGGUCCUGGACUCAGUAUCCAGACCUGAAAGAGAGGCUAAACUACAAGUUUGGAGAUGCUCCAGCAGCAUUUUGGAUGAAGUUUGAGUCCUUUCUGGAGAAUUUCACAGACAUACUCUUUUGCUAUUUUCUGCCCUCCGAGAAAAAAAUCCCCCUUUCCCAGCUCAAGGAGCUGCCCACGUCCAUCUCACCGGCUGCUGCAGCUGUGCGAAUCCACGAGGGUUUCAACUCUGCUGCCGUAGCAUCGAAGCAGACUGCGGAUUCGGAAGGAAACACCAAGCUAGCCAGAUCCACAACUGGAGAUAUUGAAGUUCUGCGCAAUCAAGGACUUGCUGCUUUGUACGUGACAGUGCAUAGAGCCACUUGGAGUGGCUUGUCUCUCUGCGGUCUACCACGGGACUGGAAUAGGCAACAGGCAGCAGCAGGAGCUACCGCCCUACAGCCAUUAGCUCUAUGCACACUACAGCAAGGACAAAGGCUUUCUGGUAGAAUCAGGGAGAGCAGCUCCACCAUGGUCAACAAGCAACAUACGAUUUCAACGGGAGUCCUAUCUAAGGGGCCUUUCCCGGCUUGGCGAGUACGGUACUCGCAACCCGCGCAAACAGCAGAUAUCGCCAAAAUCAGGAAGAGCCACACCCCUCUGCAGUCCUCUGCAGCGAAGAGUGCUGCUGCAGCUGCUCCUUUUUGUGUUGAUGCCGUAGUCAAUGGCAGGCUAGAAGUUUCCUGCGAAAAUUUCGGCAGCGGGGCUACAAAACCAGCAGUCGUACCACAGUGCAACAGGACCACACCUGCAUGCGCGGAAUACACAGUUGUCAGCCGCCCCUCCGCUUUGGUCAGGUACGAAUACCAAGCUGAGGGAUUUGAUAUGGCGUGGGUAAACGCUCCAAUGUUCCUCGUUUCUUUUCCUGAACCUUCAUCUGUCACUAAUGCUUCGCACAAGCACCAGGAGGCGAGGAUUAAUGAAUCGCAGCAAAGCCACCCGCUGUCCCAGGAAACACGGCCAGCUUUGCAGGAAGCUUUCCUCUCCAUAACGCAGAGCAGCGCUCUUGAUGUGGCUCCAAUCAGCAUGGCAGUCUUUCACGCACGGGAAUGCCGCCGCAUCUGGUCAUUCUCGGAUGCAAAGCUUGUGGGAGUGUCUCAAGCAGUGGCGGAUGGUGAGAGACCGGCAAGCCAGGAGCCAUGGAAGGGAGGCGGCUGCUGCAUGGCUAGUUGCAUGCAGGGUCUUUUAAUAGGGGCUCCUGAACCUCGAGGGGCCUGGAGAGAUAGCUGCUUAAGACUGGGAUUUGUGGGGGAGGCCGAGGGAGAUUGCGUAAAGAGCACCAGACGACUGCUCGUAGUUUGUUACCAAAACGUUCCAGCCGAGAGCAGCAGUUUACGCCCCAACGACUUCAUUUUCCGCACCUUUAGCUCAUGCCCCACGUUACUGGAUUCCUCUGUUGGUCAUGCCUCCACUGCCUCUUCACGGGUGCUUGCAGAUGCACGUCGAGCAGCUUCCGCCCCCAAAACAUUAUCAAUUAUCAGGUGCAUGGACACCGGACUCCGCAGGUCAGCCUCCAACCCCUUAAUUCAUAAAAAUGGUCAACAAACCCACAAUUCGCUCUUUAUGCAAACCCAAGGUGGACUGAAGCGACGACCUGCAGGCCCGGUUAAAGCAGGAUAUACAACUUUUGAGCUUAAUGCUGAUUAUGUGCAUAUCUGUAAUACGGCAGGAAGCAAAAACAAAAACCGAACAGCACCUUUCCGUGAGGCUUGGGUUUCCUUAAGCAAGUUUUGGGAGAAGUGCAAAACUAACUGGUUUGGAGCCGGCUCUGAAGCACCUCAACCUGAAUUGAAUCGGAAGUUGACAAUCGAGGCCGAUGAGUGGUUCGUUGAAGCCGUCGGGAACGAGCAGUGCUGCAUCAAACUCACGAUUCUCAAGGGAUCCGGCCCCCUUAUAGUAUCUCCAUGCUUAGAGGUAGGAGGUGCAACUGGAGCCUUUGUCCUGAACGUGUUCAGCGACUUGCCUCUCGAGAGACUUGAAGCCCUUGACUACGAGCACUACAGAACGCUAAUUGGUCAAUGGGAGCUUGAAACAGCUGGGGGAAGCCACAACUUCCCUGAGCUGCUCGCAACCCCUAAUGGCCUCCAAAAUAAAACAGGUAGGGGAGUUGGUUUUAGGCGAGAGCAGCUCUGUUCUGGGUGUGUUCCACUCCGGAAAAAAGGCAAAGCGCAGCCUGUUACGUGUCCCUUACCGCUUAUUGGCACAAAGAGGGUCCCGCGUGGAUGGGUGUCUAACCCGCAGUACCUUCUAUCAGUAGCUGAGACAGUUCAAGUUGGCAUUACCUUGGCCAGGCAUGACGACUGCUGGGGAAUUCAAAAGGAGCAGGAUAUGGCGGGAUGCAUGAUGGGACUUUACGUCUUUCGGGGAAGGAAUGUUUGUAUGGAGAAUCUGGUCCAACAGACGGAUUUUGUGGUGUGUUGCAGCGCUGUGCUUGUCUUGUGUUUCGGGGAGUAUUCAGUAGUAGAUUUUCUUUCCCGAUAA